AUGGCUACAACUACUACUGUUUUCGUUACUGGAGCAACAGGAUUCAUUGCUCAACAUAUAGUUAUUGAAUUACUUAAAAACGGAUAUAAAGUAAUUGGAACAGUUCGAUCUGAAUCCAAAGGAGAUUCAUUGAUAUCAAAUCUUAAACAAUACAAUAUUCCAAAUCAAGAAAAUUUUAAAUAUGAAAUAGUUGCAGAUAUUUCCAAACCUGAUGCAUUUGAUAAUGCAUUAAAAUCAAAUCAAGAUAUUUCAGUAUUUAUUCAUACUGCAUCACCAUUUCAUUUUAAAGCUAAAGAUAUUAAAAAAGAAUUAUUAGAACCUGCAAUUGAAGGUACUAAAAAUGCAUUAAAUUCAAUUGUUAAUUUUGCUCCAGAAGUUAAAAGAGUUGUUAUUACUUCUUCAAUAGCUGCAGUUCAAACUUUUGGUAAAUUAUCAAAUCCAAAUGAUGUUCAUAAUGAAGAAAGUUGGGAUAAAAUUUCAUUUGAAGAAUCUUGUACUGAUCCAUUUUUAGGUUAUAUUGGAUCUAAAAAAUUUGCUGAAAAAGAAGCUUGGGAUUUUAUUAAUUCAAAUAAUGUUAAUUUUUCAUUAUCUGUAGUUAAUCCAGCUGCUGUUUUUGGUCCUCAAGCUUUUCCUAUUACUUCUUCAAGAGAAUUGAAUACUUCAUCUGAAGAAAUUAAUAAAUUAUUGAAAUUAAAACCUGAUGAUAAAGUCCCAGAUGAUAAAGGUGCAUUCAUCGAUGUUAGAGAUGUUGCAAAAGCUCAUCUUGUUGCAUUUGAAAAAGAUGAUGCUAAAGGUAAAAGAUUACUUCUAGUAUCUGGGCCCUAUAAUUCUCAAGCAAUUAUUAAUAUAGUUAGAAAUGAUUUUAAAUCGUUGGAUUUGGUUUUACCUGAAGGAAAUCCUGAAUCAGGUAAAUUACCUAUUCAUUCAGAUAGAUGGGAUAAUGAGAAAACUAAAAAGAUUUUAGGAUUUGAUUUUAUUCAUCUUGAUGAAUGUAUUCAUGAUUCUGUUCAACAAAUCCUUGGCGAUUCCUUACCUUAG